GGCAAGGGCGCCAGUGCCUCUGCUCUGUUCGUCCGGGAAGUCCGGGUCGGACGAGCGGAAAGCCUUAGAGUCCAGGACGGCUCCCUGGAGCAAACCCAGUGGCCUGGAUCUCCCUGAUUAUUAUUAUAGUUGUUUAUACUGCGAGCACGAAAUUCUUCCCCAGGGCCUCCUCCCCCGCCCGCCCCACCUGCUCCUUCCUCCUCGUGUUGUAAUAUGCCUUUAGUGAGCCUGCGACCUCAUUACCAAGGGUGCUAGAGUUCGCAUUCAGCCACCAUGGGGAAUGGGAUGAACAAGAUCCUGCCUGGCCUAUACAUUGGCAACUUCAAAGAUGCCAGAGAUGCAGAGCAAUUGAGCAAGAACAAGGUGACACAUAUUCUGUCUGUCCACGAUAGUGCCAGGCCUAUGUUGGAGGGAGUUAAAUACCUGUGCAUUCCAGCAGCGGAUUCGCCAUCUCAAAACCUGACAAGACAUUUCAAAGAAAGUAUUAAAUUCAUUCACGAGUGCCGACUCAGGGGUGAGGGUUGUCUUGUACACUGCCUGGCUGGCGUCUCCAGGAGCGUGACUCUGGUGAUCGCAUACAUCAUGACUGUCACCGACUUUGGCUGGGAGGAUGCCCUGCACACUGUGCGUGCAGGGAGGUCCUGUGCCAACCCCAACCUGGGCUUCCAGAGACAGCUCCAGGAGUUUGAGAAGCAUGAAGUCCACCAGUACCGACAGUGGCUGAAGGAAGAAUAUGGAGAGAGCCCUUUGCGGGAUGCAGAAGAAGCCAAAAACAUUCUGGGUAAAUAUAAAGAGCAAGGGCGUGUGGAGUCCCAGCCUGGUACGAGGCGGUGGAGCAGCUUUCAGACCCUGCCUCCUCUGGCCUACAGCAACUAUACGACGGAGACCUAAUAACAGAGUGAUCUGGUGCCUGCCUUUCCAUCCCUUGUCUUCAGUGCAUUUCUGCUGGGUGCCCUGGAAUACUGACUGCCCCCAUGGAGGACAGGAGAGGGAGGGUGGCGAAGGUGGAUCCAGGCUUCUUCUCCAUGAACCCACCCCAGGCCCCUUCACUCAGCCAACUUCUGCCCUGCCUGAGCUUGGGGAGUCUGCUUGACUGCCCCGUACCAACUCAUGUGUGCACCUGUGUGCAGGCAAGUGUGCAUGUGUGCCCGUGAGCAUGAAUGUUCAUAUUGCAGCAACAGUAACAAAAUCCAUGCUGACAGCCUUGGUAUCACCACCCUUCCUUUUUCCAAGACUCCACAUGGAAGUCAUUUGAAGUUAACAUUUUAAAAGCUUCUCAGCCGGAAGCAGCCUGUGGCUGUGAGCAAACAGAAUCCAGGGUGGUCAUGGUGAGAGCAGCAGGAGUCCAGACUCCCUCCUGAGUGUUGUUCCAGGGGCCCUGGAAGACAGAGAAGGGGUGCUCUGACCAUUGCCUCAAUCUUUCAGUGAAAGUGUCCCAGGCUGUGGCUCCUACCACCUCAAGUCAAGACCCCCUUCUCAGCCCAUCAUAUCCCUGAGUUCUACUUAGUGUUUGUUCUUGGUGGCACUGACUAUAUUUAAGUUCCAUGGGGAGACCAACCACUUCAACCCAGGCUGUAUGCCCAGAGCGCCCUUCCUUUCUACUCCUGUCCAGCUUCACUUGCUCUCAACCUCUUGUUCUCUUGCUGUUAGCACUCUGCAAGGGCCUCUUUGCAACAUUUGCAUGCAUCUUCAGGAAUUGGGAAGAGCAUUUAUUAGGCACUGUAGCAAGUUUGCAUUUAAAAAUACAUUUUAAAAUGCCUGAGCACUUAUUAAGCACUUUUGUGUAUGCUGUGGAUUUGAUAUUCGACCUCAGCUACCUCAUUAAAUGUUUUUUGAAAAGGUGUUUUCGUUACUGUAAUCAACUCAUAGUUGAAAAUGUUUGGUCAUGAUUGCUUUUGAAGCCAAAGUACAAAAGCAUCAGUAUCAAUGGGCUAUUUAAAAUUUUUGACUGGAGCUCCAAUGAUGCUUUCUAGUGGGUAAAAUUUCACAUUCAGGCCGAGGCCAGCAGGCCUGGAGAAUGUCUGCAGUUUGCAGCGUGGCGCAGCAGGAAUCUUGGAAUGCUGCGAGCAAUCUCGUGGUUCAGUCUUUUAUACCACCUCAAAUUGUUUAAACACACAAAGCCACAAGAAUGAAAAAGUAUGCUUGGCCUCUCCCAGAAAAGAUGUUGCAACCCAG